UGCUAAGAAAAGUCAAUUUAUUAACCCCCAAUCUCAGAAAAAUAAAAUAAAAACAAAUACUAUAUCAAAUUCAAAACAGUUGUGUCUAUUUGAGAUAAUCAAGAAGACAAGAAAUGGAAGCAAAAAUAAACAAAUUUUUCGAUUCAGUCGGCUCCUUUUUCACCGGCGGCGAUCAGAUCCCGUGGUGCGAUGACGACAUCAUCUCAGGCAUUGAGAGAGAAGUAGCAGAAUCAGAAGCAGAUGAAAUGAGACAAAAUGAGAGUAUAAUGAGGUUAUCAUGGGCUCUCGUUCACUCUAAACGACCUGAGCAUGUCCAGCGUGGAAUUGCUAUGCUUGAAGCAUCAUUGGCCAAUAGCAGCUCUCCUUUGCAACAGAGGGAGAAGGUUUAUCUUCUGGCUGUCGGAUAUUACAGAAGUGGUGACUAUUCCAGGAGUCGACAGCUUGUGGAGCAAUGUUUGCAGACUGCACCUGAUUGGAGGCAGGCUCAAGUCCUCAAGAAGACAAUUGAAGAUCGAAUUGCCAAAGAUGGUGUUAUUGGAAUAGGCAUUACUGCUACUGCUGUUGGCCUAAUAGCUGGUGGAAUUGCAGCAGCAUUCGCUCGGAAGAAAUGAUAAACUUCAGUUCCAAUAAUGUGCAUAAGAACAUGCUUUCUCGUUUCCAAUUUAUUUGUUUUUCGGCCUAAACUAGUAUAUCAAAAAAUCAUAAAAUAUAGUAUAUCCUUUCUAUAACUCUAUACAAGGAUGCAUAUUGAUUGCUUUCGUGAA